GGCCGCGCCGUCAUUUCCCGGCGGCCGGAGCCGUUCCGGGGCGGCGGGGCCGGGACCGCGCUGCUGCUGCGGGAGCUGCGGGAGCUGCGGGAGCUGCGGGAGCUGCGAUUCCUGCUGCAUUAUGUCAGGAGACAGCGACUGCACCAGGACAAGUCCAUCAGCAGGGUCUCCAUCGGACAACGAGCUCUUGCCGGACCGCCCAAAGUAUGUUUGUUCACUGUCUCCUGAUCUCGUUACCAAAGCCCGGGAGGAGCUCCAGGAGAAGCCUGAAUGGAGGCUCCGUGACGUGCAGGCGCUCCGGGACAUGGUGUGCAAAGACUACCCCUCCCUGGGGACGUGCCUGGACGAUGCUUUCUUGCUGAGAUUCCUCAGAGCCAGGAAGUUCGAUUACGAUCGAGCGCUGCAGCUCCUGGUGAACUACCACACCUGCAGGAGGACCUGGCCCGAGGUGUUCAGUAACUUGAAGCCAUCUGCAAUAAAGCCUGUCCUGGAGUCAGGCUUUGUCACUGUGCUGCCUCAUCGGGACCCGGAGGGGCGUCACGUCGUCUGCAUCCGCCCAGACAGAUGGACACCCAGUAAUUAUCCGAUUACUGAGAACAUUCGUGCCAUAUACUUAACGUUAGAAAAACUCAUUCAGUCCGAAGAGACCCAGGUGAAUGGAAUUGUAAUCCUGGCAGACUACAAAGGAGUCAGCUUAUCUAAGGCGUCUCAUUUUGGUCCUUUUGUAGCCAAAAAAGUGAUUGGAAUUCUUCAGGAUGGAUUCCCCAUUCGAAUAAAGGCUGUUAACAUAAUAAAUGAGCCUCGUAUAUUCAAAGGCAUUUUUGCAAUCAUCAAGCCUUUUCUGAAGGAAAAGAUAGCAAACCGGUUUUUCCUUCACGGCUGCGAUCUGAACUCCCUCCACCAAAACAUCCCUCCGGCGAUCCUUCCCGAAGAGUACGGGGGCACUGCGGGCAAGCUGGACAUCUCGGCGUGGAACGAGCUGCUGCUGGCCUCUGAGGAGGACUUCCUGCACGACUUCUCACAGCUGCUCGUGCCCUGUGACAGCUCCCCCCGCGCCACGCUCGUGAGUGGGGACGCCGAGGACAAGCAGUGCGAUGAUUCUCUGCGGGGCAUGAAACCGCAGCUCUACUACUGCUACUGACACCCCAGGGCAGGGGGGCUGCCCAGCAGUUGGGGUCUGCUCUCGUAGGUGAUGUUGUGAACUCUGCCUUACUCCUAAACCUGCAGUUUAGGGACAGACUGCUGAGGCACUUUACACUGUAGAACCAAAGGAAGCUGGAGGGGGCACACUGGGGGCAGGGCAGAGUUCGGGGAGAAUAAAAGCAAAGAGCACAAGUUACGUAGAAGACUUGAGGCUCAUCAACCUCUGUGUGAACGAUGCAAAUGGCCUAUUCUUUCUUAUGAUAAAGGGAAAAAAAAAUAUUGCAGGAUCAUAAGCUUGAUAUUUUCUUAUCCCCUCCUCACACAGGUGAAAAGUGGCAAUGAUGAUUUACUAACUUUGUGAUCAUCUGUUCCCUUCCCCUUCUGCAAACACCAGUAAUCUAAGAAAAGAAAGGGGCUUGUGAACCCUUCAAAAUACAGUUCUGUAGUGAAGAUUGCAUAAACCCGUAAAAGUCUUAACUUGGCCUGUCCUUUGUCACGUGGUUCAGAUUGUGAGUUGGCAUUUCUGAACUGUCUCAGUGAAUAUUUGGCUCAAAUUAGUACAGAACAAAACUUAUUCACGAAUACCCAUAUGGAGAACAUCUCUCAAACUUCCCCACAGUAGGAAGAACUGUGACUGAUGGAUUAACUACUGCAACAUCUAUCCCAUGUUUGCACAACAGCUGCAAUCUUCACUUUCAGAAAACAGCAAGUUUUUCAGAUAAGUACUUUUGACUAGACAACAGCUUCAAAUGAGGUUCAGGGCCAAAUAAAAAAAAAGCUGUGUCAGGCACCUUCCCACAUUGUCAAUUCUUUUCUGGUUGUGAUGAGGAAUUGGGUUAGUACCUCAUACCCAGAAUUCAUGAGGAGGCUUUGUAGCAGUUGGCAUGUGAUGUAUAGAAGGCAAUACUUCAUUGUAAGACAGCAAGGUGCUGCUUUAGCUUGUUACUUUGGGCUGAAUUUGAGUUUAAGUCUGUGAAACCAAAUGCAGACGGGCUUUUUAAAAGCACAUUCCUGAAUUUCCUGAUAUUGUAGCAUUUUGUUCACUGUGCUUGUUGGCUCUUCUGUGAAAUGUUACAAGGUUUGUUUUUAAACUGUGUUAACCUCUUUUGUCUUUGGUUGUCAUGUUCCUGUAUGGAGUUAGACUUGACUCAUCUCUGUGAUAUUUACUCAUAGCUUGUAUGCCUGUGCUUCUAGGUCUUUGUCUAGAGACAGAACUAAGGCUCCAGUGUCAAACCAGGGUAAGAUACUGAUGUCCAGAUAAGCUGUUCCCACUCCCCAAGCUCCUUUUGUUUAAUGGUCUUGAGUUAGAACUUAACUCUCAGCACACUCUUUGCACACGUUUUUCUGCACUAUAAUGGUGUGGAGAUGGGAACCUCACUAGGACCAGGAGAGCACACCCUGUCACUUCAAGGUGAAAUAUUUCACUAUUUGGUGGAAAAGAAUUCCCCUUCUAAUUGGGGAUUUACCCCUAGAGCACUUUCUCUCAAUGAAAUCUUUAUUUAGUGCCAAAUGGGAUUAUAGGCACCAGUUGUUACGUUUCUGUAAAUAUAAACCUAAAGCAUCUUGAGGAUCUCAGACAUUUGUUUUUCUAAGUGCCAAACUCUGUUUUGGAUGUUUUUCUUCCUCUCAGUCCCCUUACAGCAUGACUGCAUUGCCAAAAAGAGACAACUCUACCACUGGCUUCCUGACCUGGCAGCAGAUCUUAUCCCUGAACAAGGGGCAGCAAAUGCCAUUCCCGUCAUCCAGGCAUUAUAAAAAGAGACUGGGUCUUGAAAAGGGGUAAAACUGUGAUGGUUUUUUUUCCUGGGUGGCAGUUCAGAAUUUGUGGAAGCAGAGGACUCAUCACAGGAAGAGUUUUAGAUUGAAGGUGGGAAGAGAUUAAUCUUCCUCGAUGGAAGCAUCUGAUUUUUCUUACCUUUAUAAGUAAAUUGUAACUCCUAUUUGGUAGCUGUUACCUUUAGUGUGGAGAUAAAAAAACAAACUACCAUUUUCAUCUACUUGAAAUAAGGUGAAAGAGUACUGCUAGCCACCUCCUCCUUUGUGACCAGAAUGUGCUGUGUGUUGUGCAGAGAUUAAAUCAGAUUUUUACCACAUAGCAAGGCAGGAACACCACAGGAUUUAGGGCGGGUCAGUGGCUGCCCACACUGCUGAACUGCCAGAACAGAGAGGUUGGUGGUUUUUUGUUGUUCUAGUGCCUCUUAAUUCCAGUCACAGUGUAAAACUAAAAAAAAAAUAAAUAGGAUGGACCAUUUCUCCUAGAGGUGAAGGCCUGACAGUCUUUCCUUAAUCCUGCUGCAGGGCUGGAAGUGUUGGUGUUUGGACAGUUAACUGGAGGAACAGCUACUUUGAGUCCCUUAUGUAACUACUGGAGAGGGAGUUGGAAUACUCAAAAUACAGUGUCCUUCAAAAAGAAAGAAAUCUCGUGGUGUUCAGCAGAAGGCUGAGGAACCUCUACAAAACCCACCCCCUUUUCCAGGCUUCUGUAUCCUCCUGCAAGCCUUAAACAGCAGGCAGCCUAGAUCCACCUCACCCUCUUCUCUCCUCUGCUCACGGAGAAACUAAGAAUAAAGAACAUGAUUUAACCACAGUAGAUAACCAGGUUUCUUGCUUGGGGUUUGUUGGGUUUUUUUCUUACAGCACUACAACCAACCUGUUCUUUUUCCCACCUGAAAUAACUUUGUUUCCAGAGGUUACACGCCUUGCCCAGUACAUGAACCAUCCCUGCCAAAUCCAACACGUCAUAAGGGAAGAUACUGGAACUCCAUUGGCAUUAGGUGGGACAAAAGGUAGCUGCAAACUGUACAUUAGUAAAGUACUUGAAUUUAUACUCUUGUAAACGGGUGUUAUGAGCCCUGAGGUAUUUUCAGGAACUGGCUUAAGUAUUGUUUCUGUUAAAUCUCAUUUUGGCAUGAGUUAAAUCAUAGUGUUCCUCAAACUAGUAAUUUUGCCUUCUGUUGUACGUGGGCCUAGAGGUGUUGGGUGGUUAAGUGUACAUCUUAUUUUGACAAAAUUUAUUUUUAUAUUGCAUUUUAUAAAAUGAAGUCGUCAAAAAUGUGUAAUUUUAUGAUGCAUGACUGGGUAAUUAAACACAUUGUAACAGCUGCUAA